AUGUGGGUAGACUCUGACACACAAAUCAAUAGUCUGCUGUCACUGGGUUCACCGUUAAUUGUGGAACAACCACAUGAUCAUUUAGGCAUCAUUGAUUCCACAUCAGAGAGCUCAUUUGCAAAGUUAGGCACACAUCCAAUUGAUACGUCCCAUGGAAUUCAAAAAAGGGAUUCGCUAACUCCUCGUACAAAAUCAACACCUACUAAUCCAGAGGUUAGGAGAGGCUUAAAUGACAAUGACAAUGACGAUGAAACUACGAGCGAAAUGACUUCAGACAGUUCAAUUAUAGAUAUGAAUACUUCAGAGGACAAACUUGAAAGUGGUGAUUUAGAGGUCAGUGAUAGCGAUUUGGCUAAGAUACCAAGAGGAGAGCUCAAUACGCGAGAAGAAAAGAACUACAUUAAUAUCCCACCAUUGGCAGACGAGUUCAUAAAUGGCCAAGCGUACAUGGACAUGGAAUUGAAUUCAUCGCCCAUAAAGCCCACAUCGAAAAAGGUUUCUUAUAGAGAAGAAUUGUCAUCUUCUCCAAUCAAAAAGAAGAAAUCAGUUGCAUUUUCGGAUGACUUGGUGAGUGAGUUGCCCAGUUCCCCUGCAGCCAUUCAUUGCGGUUCAAGGCUACCAAUUCUUGAACAAACGCCAAAAAAGUCCAUCUUGAAGAUUAAUUCUAUGAAUCAAACGUCAUCCCCAGGUAACCCUAAUGAUACAUCGUUGUGGGUCAAAUCAUCUAAUAAUAUAAACAUCAAGAAUAGUCCUAGUAAUCCCGAAUUCUGGCUUCUGGGUACCAUAAUACAGUUGGCUCCAAAUUCUCCUGAUCUACCACAGCUCAUAGAUGGAUGCAUUAAUGUUUUAAAGGAUAAAAAAUUCACUAAAAAGUUUGAAGUAUACGCCACUUUGAAUCAUAUAUGCAGAUGUAAUACUUCUGAUUGUCUAUUAAAAUUACUUACGAUACCAAACAAAUCAAAUAGUCCACAAAAGGUUAACUCCAAAAGUAUGAUAAAAACAAACUCUACAUCCUUUAUGGAAACAACUUAUAUUCAUACUUUGUCGGCGCUUAUACAAAGAGACGUUAAGCAAAUCGAAUCAAAACUAUUUUGCGAAAAUGAAGAAAAGGAAAACAACUAUUCUCCUAGCAAAAAUGAUCCAUUUAGUAUUCGUAUUAUCAGUCAAGCUUUAAAGUUAAUCAACUUUAUCAUGUUAGACCAAGAAUUGAAUAAUUUCGUAUCAAUUGAAGAUGCAAAGUGGUUUUACGUACAUUGUUGCAAAACAAUUGUUAAACCAACAAUAUCAAAGACAUUAAUCAUACCAUAUCUCAGUAUACUAAAGGACUGCAAAUUUAAUAACAAGAAAAAGAAACUAAUAUUUAACAAUCAAAAUGAAAAUACUAAUAUCCUGGAACUUAUUUUACAAAGUUUGCUUAACAUGAGGAAAUUCUUAAGCUCGUCAUUAGUUGUUGAAGAGUUUGUGACUUUAAAAAAUUUAGUACUGAACUUCCCUGUUAUGAUGGCUAACAAUUUUAAGCACUGGUUUGAAUUUUUCCUUAUGAACUUAUGCGAUCUCUCUUCCCCCUUAUAUUCAAAGGUCAUCGGUAUGGGAAUUCUGGUGUUACUCGAGGUCGCUAGGAACUAUUUGGAUAAUAAGAAUGUUUUAUUUUCGGUGAGACGUUUGUUAGCUUCUCCUUUACCUUCAACAGUUAAAUCGAUAACCACAGACUCAAAUAUUUCAGUAUCAUCUGAAGCAACUGCUACUAAUUCUGAUGAAAAUCUAGUGAUACAUUUUAUAAUAUCCAGUCUUGAAAAUUUAAUUGGAAAUGGCCAGUAUAAAUCAGCCAUGGAUAUAUGGGUAGGUGUAACAUUAUUAUCUAGUGAUAGUGACUCAGGCUACGAAAACUGGCCUUUUCUAUCAGACUGGUUAAGAGUACACAAAUCAUGUUUCAAUGUAAAUAAUAAUUCAGCUAAAAUAAUUGCGUUAAACAGUUGGAAAGCCGUCAUAUUCAACGUGUGUCACAAUGAUCUAGACAGCAUCAGAUAUUUAAUUGAUUCAAGUCCAAAUAGCAAAAGCAAUAAAACAAAACCACAAGCCAUCAAUAACAUUUUAAAGCCAAAGAUUAAGUUGUUAAUUCAUCCGUUACUUAAUAUUUCUGCUGUGGAAAAUCAAAAGGAAAUCAUUGAUUCGUCACAUAACUUAUUUUUAUCAAUCAUAUACACCUUACUCAAUCCACUAGUAUUAGGUUCAUCUAGAUAUGUUCACAUAUACUGGGAUAAGAUUAUUCAGUCAGUGUUGAUAAACUUUUAUUUUAAGAAAGAUUUAUCUAAUACGUACAUGAAUGAGUUAGGUUUAAAGAUUUUGACACGUUUAAUAAAACCAUCAGUAUCUAGUAACGAAAAGCCAUUCAAUGAAAUGCGAUGCCUAUCUAAUGAAGCCAUAAGUCUUAAUGAUAUUAGUCCAGUAAGUCCUAAAUGGAUAUUCACUAAAUUUGAUAGAAUUUUGCAAAACAUAAACAUUGUUUUUAAAUUGGAAGGAUUGACUAUAGAUUCAAAGUUGGAAUUUUUCAGCAAUUUUUUGAAUUCCUUAAAGCUGAUCACCAAGAAAGAAAUAAAACCUUCCGAUGCCACUCGAGAUAUAAUUGACAAUUUACCCAACGUUUUAAGUAUCCUAUUCAAACAUAACAAAGUUUCAUAUUCUUCUCUUCAAAAGCUCAUGCUUAAUUUGAACGAUACCUUCGAUGCUUCAAAUUUAAUAGAGAAAAAUGGUUCAAAUGAAACUAAUAUUUAUAUUCUAAUUAUUAAUAAUUGUUUGAGUGGCAUGGAAGAACUGCAAGCUUUCGAUUUCUUGGAAUCAAUCCAUUUGGCAAUCCGUGAUUCGAAGAAUUUAAUAUUUCUUCUCGAAUUGGUCAAAUUACAAGAACAUAAUUCGCAUGCUGGAUUGAAAAACUUUAUAACGUCAGCUUUGAAUAGUAGAAAGAUAAAUGCUGCUUCCAAUCUCGAAUUAGAAUUAGCUGGAGGCCUUUUCCAAAUAAUAUCCAAAGACUAUGAAUCGAUAGCUAAAAAACUAAUCCAAUCUAUUGUGUUACUCAGUGCUACAGAAUUUGAGCGUGUAUCAGGAAUCUUAAAUAUUCAAUUGUGGGCCAUACCUAUAUUUAAAUACUUUGUUGAACUAGUUCACAAUGCCCCACAUCCCCAUCUUAAACAAAUUCCACUAAACUUAAUAAUUUCCAGAUUUGAGAAUGACGAGGAGUUUUUUGAAAUCCUCAAGUUUCUUAUUGAUAAACGGUUUGAUCUUGAACUUUACAAUUUAAGAAAACAUAUAAUGAAAAAAUUUAAGGCUUUAGAAGGCUUUCGCCAGUUCGAAUUUCGUCUGGUUUGGAAUUCGUAUCUUUCUAGUAUUGUUGAAUCAGGAAAUUUUAAGUUGCUAGAUGAUUUUCUUGUUUCAUCCUAUGAAGUAGGAUUAGAUGUAAGAUCGCAUAUUCAAAAUAAUUGGGAUAGGUUGCCAUUAUUGAAAACGGCAUGGCUUACAGAUAAUUCUGAGCUAUAUUAUGAUGGUGAACUUCUUAAGCAAAUUGGACCAGCCUCAUCCGACGAUUCGAAAAACUUAGAGGCUAGUGGUAAAGAGGAUAAUACACAGAUAAUUGGCGUUCCUGACUGUUCUAAAGACCUACCUAUGGACGAUAUGGAAACAAUUGAGUCAAUUGAGAACAUUUCAAUUCCUAAACUGUUUUCCAAUCCAAAUAAAGAUAGUAGAGCUAACCGUUACGGAAAAAGGAAUAUGUCAUCCGAUUCUGAUAUAAGUCAGGAAAUGGAUAAUCUGACCAAAUCAAAAGCAAGCCGAAAGAAGUCUAAAUCAGUAGCUAAGCCGAAGGGAAAAAAGAAAACCAACAUUAAAGUCAAAAAAGAAAAUAUACCAGCUCCAGAAAUAAAUCCAAACUUUGAUAUUCAUUCGUUUACAGCUAUGUUAAACGCCAAACUUUCUCCAGCAACACCAAUUAAGAAGACAAGAAGAAACGCUAAGUCAGAUUUAAACAAAGGUUCUCCCGGUAAUGUUUCUAAUUCUGAAAGUUCCAAAUCACCCAGUGGCAAUGAAAAAACUAUUGAAUUGGAUCAUAUAAAAAGUGAAGUUCAAAUACCCUCUUCAUUUAACGAUGAUGAUAUUUCACAACUCGAGGCAAGCUCAAUGUCUCAAAAUUCAAUUAACGAUUUUGAGCUUGUGGAAGAUGAACCUAGUUCACCCCCAGAAACCCUUGACAGGACAAGAAAAUCAAUUUCUCCUAGCAGUAAUGACUACAGCAAAGUGAUCCAAAAUGGAUUUUCGAGCCGUGAAUCGUCAGAUCUGUCUGAAGAUAUUGAGAAUACAGACGAUCAAGAAUCUAACAAUUAUAAGCGCUGCUAUUAUGAAGACGAAAUCAGUGAUAGGAAGAAACAAAAGCAAAAUGAAUUUCCUUCUGAUAAGAAGAAUGACAAUGGACAGUCAGCACCAGAACCAGGUAUUUCAAUGAAAGAUAAAAGUACAAGAGACUCAAAUUUAGGCAAGCAUAUCGUUCAUGUAUCUUCCAAUGGCCAAAUUAGAAAAGAUGUAAGCGAUUCGAUGGACAAUGAUGAGAUACAAUGCUCAUCAACCAGCGAUCAAACGGCACCACCUACUUUUAAUACUCAGAAAUUCAGAGCAACUUCUACCGCAUUAGCAGAACCAAGCACUAAUGAAACCUCGAGCAGUAUACAAUUAUCAGAUAGCUACAAUACUUUGAUACCAAAACUGCCUCCUGUACAUGUUGGAGACAGAUCUGAAGACUUUACUCCGGAAUCAGAUUCAAAAUCUAAUAAUUUCCUUUCAACCAUAGGUGAGGACGACGAAAUAUUUGACUCACAAAAUAUUAAAGAAAAGGAAGACUCAGAUAAUGUACCCCAAGACGAAGGGUCUACCACUAAUGAAAAUUCUGGAUUGCAGCCAUGCAUAGCAGCCAACAAUCUUGCUUCUUAUAUCGAAAAUAUGUCUGACGUCGAAAUUUCACGUAUUCCUCAAAGUGAAAAAUAUCAAUUGGAAACCAAGUUGAUGACAUUUAUUCUUCGUAUGAGAAAUAUAGACUCUGCAGAGUCUUAA